GCUGUGGCUGUGCAGUCAGAGUGUUGCUGGUUGUUAAUGUAGUAUCUACUAAAACCCUCAUUCCUUGGGAUCCUCAAAAGCCCAGUUAAUCUUGGCCGUUCAGUCUCCACACAGAAAGGUUCUCACUCGAGUACACGUGCUGCCUAUCUUUUCUUCCCUAUUCAAUAUUUUGCUUCCAUGCAUGGAAUUCUCCUCCAACAAUAUCACAAAAACAAAUAAGAGAGAGGGGGGGCUAGAGUAUGUCUAUUUUAGAGAGAGAAAAGAGAAAGAGCCAUGGUUGUGUUGUGCUUUGAUUGUUCUUAAACAUGGAGAAAGCUUGCUCAUCGCCCAUUAUUUUCGACUUAUAUUUCUUCAUUAAAGCUUUGAUUUUUGUUUGGCAUUAAAACACCCCCAUUAAAUUCUCUAUAGAGGUCUAAUGUGUGUACUUGAGAAAGGGGAUUUGUAUGGCCUUUUCUUUUAGAGGGUCUGAUCUUUGUACUUUAACAAGACCGUCACAUCUCUCCACUCUUUUUGAUUCUCUAGAUCAAUCACCAGUGCCAAAGCAGCGAACUUCGUGAUCUGUUCUAUCUGCUACCUGAUCUGGGUUUGACUCCGUCCUGGUUCCGUUUUUUCACCAAAUGGGUGCCUAUCUUUCUUGAAAUGCAGCGAUCGAGGUAACAUUUGUGCUGUUGAUUUUGUUCUUCUGACCGUGUUAAUUUGAUUAGAUCAAUCAAUGGAAACCAAUCAAAAGAACAACUUUGUUUGCAAGUAUUGCAACAAAAGAUAUCCCUGUGGCAAGUCCUUGGGUGGUCAUAUUAGGAUCCAUUUGAAUGCUAAUGGAACUUGCUCAACUGAUGAAGAUGCUAAGGUUAAGAUGAGCACGACCGAAAACAAAAGUAAGCAAAUCUCUGUGUCUGAAGCUGGUGGUCAGUUUGGUUAUGCUCUUAGAGAGAAUCCUAAGAAAACAACCAGGUUUGUGUUGGAUUCCAGCAAGACUACUUCACUGCCAGAAAAGCUGUGUAAGGAAUGUGGCAAGGGGUUUCAAUCACUGAAAGCACUUUGUGGUCACAUGGCUUGUCACUCUAAGAACUUCUUUCAAGACCAGUCGGGGGCUACUAUGAAGUUGAAAGGAAUAACCAUGGACAAGCAGUCAGAUAGUGAGACAACUGAUCCGAUGGAGCGAAGGAGAUCCAAAAGAAUGAGGUACAAGGCUAUUGAUGUUUACACUUCUUCAUUAUCUUUGACAAAUACUGCUUCUUUAUCUUCUACUUCUGAUAUAGAGCAAGAACAAGAGGAAGUGGCUAAAUCUUUGAUGAUGUUGUCCAAGGAUUCUGGUUUUAAAGGUUGUUUUAGUUCAGUUGCAGAUUCUUCAGAUAACAAUUCCGUGGUUUUAGAGGGUAAAUCAUCAUCUAUGAAAAUGAGGAUUAAUGUAAAUGACGGUAUUAAUUUCGUGUCCAGCGGUAUCGAGUCACUGGAGAUGAAGAAAGCAACGCAAAGGGGGGUAAAUUCUUCUGAGAAUGAUCAGUCUGAGAAUUCUGAUUCCGGGUACUUUAGGAACGGUCCCAAGAAGGUUGGAUCAGAUGUUUCUGUUCAUGGGUUUGCUAGGAAUGGUGAAUUCAAGAAGCAAGAAGUGGAUUCUGUGUUUAGUUAUGAUGAUGAGUUGGAUGCUGAAUCAGGGAAAAGAUUAAGCAUGUCAAGGCAUAUUAGAACUCAAUUGGGGAAGGAUUUCAUCGUGGAUGAUGUAUAUAAUCAAGGUGAUAGAGCUUUGAUGGAUUCGCAAAAGGGAUGCAAGAAUGAGUCAUGCGAAUAUAAAAGCAGCAGUGUUCGAAACAGGGGCAGCAAAUGUGUUUCUCUCGGGGGACGCAGAACCAUCCAUAACAGGAUUAAUGGCUGUAGUGAUUCAAUAUAUGAGAGUGGGGAGAAUAGCGUAGAUACUGACUAUGUCCCUAAUCCAAUUGCUAAUAGUAGUAAGAUGAUUCAAUCUAGAAGUGGAAAAACUCCAAUUGAGAAGAGUUCUUCUGGAAAAGCAGAGAAAAAAUUGGGGUUGAAAAUAGAGAAAGUACACGAAUGUCCUUUCUGUCCCAAGGUUUUCCGAUCAGGUCAAGCUUUGGGUGGUCAUAAGAGGUCCCAUUUUAUUGGAGCGGCCAGGGUUAGACCUGUGGUGAUUGAGCAAGAUGUGCCUGAGAUAUCCACUCGGGGGCUAAUCGAUCUUAAUCUUCCUGUCUCCACGGAGGAAGAGUCAGAUGGGUUAGGACCGUGGUAAUUCAUGAGUUUCUGCAAGUAGGUCAGUCAGAUCUCCAAAGGAGAAACUUUUUGCUCGUGGUUUUUGAUGAAGAUGCUAGCGACUGCUAGAGUGUACAGACAAGGUGAAUGCUUUUGCUUCAGAUUCAAGGAUGUCUUGCUAAGGUAGCUAUUCCAUUCGUUGCUUGUGAAGAUGUAAGAAGCAUGUGUUUUCACUUUGUUGGUUUUUUUUUUUUUUUUCCUUUCUUAAGAGCUUCUUUUGAUAUCUCAUUUGUUUAUCCUAGCAAUUUAUCUCGUUACAAAUUUUAAAUUUACUAGCCCUUUUGUUUUGGAAAACGUGCGAUGUAUAGUAUUUGGAUCCUACAUUUCUUUCUUUUCUGUUUUUCUUCCAUGAAUUCAUGGGUACUUGAAUUCUGUGGAAAUGGAAGCCUUGAACAGAACAUACAUAUGUUUUGAAAUCCCCUAUUGUAUGCUCUAUCGGCGAGCAAAAUCCAUUGCCAACUGAACUUAAUCGUUAACUAGAAUCAAUUUUUAAUGUUCA